AUGUGGAGACUCCGCCAGGCUCUUCUGCUGCUGCUGCUGUCCGUCUCCUUGGCUCAAACAGAUCCAUUGCGGAGUCAGAUUGUUGGGGGGCACAAAGCCAAGCCCCACUCCAGACCCUACAUGGCUCACUUGAUGGAUCCCAAGGGCUGGUUCUGUGGCGGAUUCCUGGUGGCACCCCAGUGGGUAAUGACGGCUGCGCACUGCAAUCGCAACUAUAGGGUCACCUUGGGGGCACAUAACAUCUCCGAUGAUGAAGAACCCUCUCAGCAAGUGUUCAGCAUUGAGGCUAACUACGCGCACCCAGAAUAUAUAAAAUAUUACCAAAAUAAUGAACUCAUCAUAUACAACGAUAUCCGUCUGCUCAAGCUGAAUUCCAACGCUACUCUGAAUGAAUAUGUUGACAUCCUGAACUUACCCAACUCCAAAGGUGACCUCUCCAAUGGGACCCCCUGCAGUGUGGCAGGAUGGGGCCGGGUUUACACAGACUGGUCACCAGACACACUAUAUGAGACCAAUGUCACCAUCUCUGGCUGUAGUCGGCACGGGAUACCGUAUCCUAACAUCGAUGGUGGGAAGGUCUGUGCUGGGAGACUCAACAAGCCAGGGACUGUUUUCAAGGGCGAUUCGGGUGGCCCCUUGGUGUGCAAUCGUGUGGCACAGGGAAUCGUCUCGUAUGGCUCUUCCUGCCCUCCAUCAGUUUACACUCGCGUCUACCACUACCAUUUUUGGAUCAAGAAAAUCAUGAAAUUGUGA